CGGUUAUAACAAAUAGAGAGUGAAUGUUACUCCUUCGCCGGUAGUAAUUCGACCAAUCUGCGGCAUUUUAUCUCAUUUUUUUUUUGCAAUUAUAUUGGAUCGUCGUUAAAUUUCACGGUACUAUUAGUAAAAUAAAGGAAAAAUCAAAUAUGGCUGAACCCAUAAAUGUUGUUGUUAGUGGAGCAGCAGGACAAAUUGCCUAUUCCUUACUCUAUCAAUUAGCUGCUGGUACAGUUUUUGGUCAAGAGCAACCCAUCAAUUUGAGAUUACUUGAUAUACCACCGAUGAUGGGUAUCCUUAAAGGAGUCGUUAUGGAACUUGAAGAUCUUGCUCUUCCUCUUCUCAAUGAUAUAUUGCCCACCGCUGAUCCUGAAGCAGCAUUCAAAGAUGCAGCUGCGGUAUUUUUAUUGGGAGCUAUGCCUCGUAAGGAAGGAAUGGAAAGGAAGGACCUUCUUGCGGCUAAUGUCAAGAUUUUUAAAGUUCAAGGAGAAGCACUCGAUAAGUUUGCAAAAAAAGAUGUCAAGAUCGUAGUCGUUGGCAAUCCAGCAAAUACAAAUGCUUUAAUUUGCUCCCAUUAUGCUCCGUCAAUUCCAAAGGAAAAUUUUACAGCUAUGACAAGACUCGAUCAAAAUAGAGCUCAAGCUCUUUUGGCUUCCCACUUGGGAGUCGAGGUGAGUAAUGUAACAAAUGUGGUAAUUUGGGGAAAUCACAGCUCAACUCAAUAUCCAAGCACAGCUUACGCCAAAGUAAAAACAAAUAAUUCAUCCAAGCCAGUUUCCGAAGUUAUAGAUGAUGAGAAUUGGUUAAAUACUGAAUUUGUGGAAAGAAUUCAGAAGCGUGGAGCAGCCGUUAUCGCAGCAAGGACUAUGUCAUCCGCAAUGUCAGCAGCAAAAGCAGCGGGGGAUCACAUGAGAGAUUGGUGGAUUGGCACAAAACCUGGUGAAUUUGUAAGCAUGGGUGUGACAUCGGACGGGAGCUAUGGAAUUCCAAAAGAUAUUAUUUUUUCACUACCAGUGACUAUAAAGAAUAAAAAAUACGAAAUUGUUCAAGGUUUAUUUAUAAGCAGUUUUGCACAAUCAAAGUUAGAUAUAACUGCAAAAGAAUUAGAAGAGGAACGAGCUGAAGCAAAUGCUGUACUUAAACAGUGACUAGAUGACGGCAGUACUCAAUUAUAUUUUAAAAGAAGAACGAUAUCAAAAUUUUAAAGAGCUCUGAAAUUUCUG